AUGGGCCGAAACCAGGAAUGUGGGCUGUACGAUGCAAUUGUCGACCGUUUCACGUACAGCGAGUUCUCUCAGAAAGAUUUCCUCCCUCAGGACGACUUUGAAUCGCUAAUCACCGAACAUACUAUCAAAGAAGAGCUAGACAAAGCUGCUUUCGGGGAAUAUGAUUCGUCACUUGUCAAGUACAUUACGAAGUACGCGCGAAGAACGUUUGCUACCUUAGUCUAUGGAGACGCGGUCCGCAGGGCUGUCAACCUAGAAAGAUUCGAAUUCGGCGACAGAUACCUUCCCAUCGCUCUUGAAGGGCCACGUCUCAUCUCUCUCAACGGCUUUGCGCGAGAUUCUUCCGCGUGGAAGUGGUUUAACAAAUGGAGGACACAGGAGAAACAUUUCUUCUGUAAAGAGCAAUGGGUGUUUCUACCCCAAAUCUUCAGGAACGAUAGCACGAUGGAGAACUUACACCGAGACUGCCGAUUGCCCUUUAUCGCAUGCGAAUCUCAAGGUGAAGGGGGCAGUUUCAGCUUGUUACACAAGGCUACCAUACACCAUGCUCAUCAAACAGUCAGUUCGGGCAAUCUCGUGAUUGCCAUCAAGGAACUGCGAAACAAGGAAGCCGGUGCCGAUCAAAGUGAACUCGAUGCGCUAGACCUGGCGAGGCAAUUGAAGCAUCCACAUAUCGUGAGAUUCGUCGGCGGCUUCAGGCAAAACUUCACGAGCCACCUGCUGUUCCAGUGGGCGGACGGAGGCAACUUGCGGUCGUACUGGAACAACGAGGAGAAUUGGUCUCGAGAUGCAGACCUCAUAAGCUGGAGUAUUGAACAGAUACAAGGACUUGUUGCAGCACUCGAUCAGUGGCACAACAAUCCGUCUAGGCUUGCUCUGAACGGUCGACAUGGAGAUCUCAAACCGGAGAAUAUUCUUCGAUCUUCGGGACCGCACCGUGGAAUAUUUCAGAUCGCAGAUCUGGGUCUGGCCAAGAUACACUCAUUGCCAACACAUGCAAGAAAUAAGCCUUCAGCAUCUCCAGGCGGAACACUCAGAUAUAGGCCUCCGGAGGUGGGCCGAAAGAUCUCCAGGUCUUAUGACAUGUGGGGCAUGGGCUGCAUCAUCCUGGAGUGGAUAAUCUGGUUAGUUUACGGCAUUCGCGAACUUGAUGAAUUCUGUCAGCAGGCAUUCCCCGAGGAGUUCGACGCUUUCUGGUUGCGCGACAGCGAAAAUCGUACCACUAAUCCAGUAGUGGUUUCGUGGAUGAAACACAUGACCGACACAUGUCUAGCAGACGGAGAUCAAUGCUACAGUGUUGCCCUACGAAAGCUUUUGAUCUUCGUAAGAGACAGGCUACUGGUGCCAGAUUCGACAGAGCAAGAUACAAGCGACAUCUACCACCCAUCCGCUGACAACGAGGAAGUACCCAUUUACAUUACGCCUGCAUCAGAUGUCGGACACACGUCUCCUAUUCCAGGGAGAGCAAAGGGCAAAGAUGCAUGCAGGGAACUUGCAAGGAUCAGCUCGACAACUCACGGCAUUCCCUACUACAUGUACAACCCGAGGGUCAACAUGAGCGGACCGAACGGGCGAGGACCAGCGAUACCGAGCAAAUUACUGAUGCCUUUGUCGACAUCCAACUUUCGCCUAGAGGUGAAUGGUCCCCCCGGCAAUCGAUGA